AACUUCGUUAGUAAGGAAAGCACCAAAUAAACAGAGAAAGGAAUAGUAAAAUUGCAAUCUCAUACAAAGCUACGGAGAGGGAAGAAAGAAAAAGAAAUAGAAAAUCGAAACACACUCUCAAAUGGCGUUGCAGUGGAUGAUACUCACUUACGUCGUUGCUGUGGAGGCGGUUCUAGCGGCGGUCUUAACCAUUCCAUCGCCGAAGCUUUUGAAGUAUCGAUUGGUGUCUCUUGUCUCUCUCCUUCUCCAACCUGCCCUCUUCAUCGUUCCUUUCGCCGGCUUCCAGCUCCUGGAUAUAUAUUGGAAGAAUGAGCAUCGCUUGAUGUGCACUUCUGAGAUCUGUACUGCUGCUGAGAGGGACCGCUACGAGAAAUCGAUCUACAAAGCUCAAAGGAAUGUGAUUUUAUGUGUUUCAGCUUGUUUGCUCUACUGGUGUGUCUAUCGCAUAUGCAAAUAUUACAAGGAGGUGCAAAAUUUGGAGGAGGUGGAGAAGAGAUACAAGAAAGAGUAGUUAGUUCAUUCACGUUAAUCACUACCUCAGCAUAGGUGAACAAAAAAGUAAUGUUUUACUUUGUGUCAAAAACCUUGUAGUACGUUGAGAGACCAUCUUGUUUUGACUUGUGAAUUUCAUGCAUUUGCAAGUGCAUCACAUGUGUUGCAUAUUUUCUGUAGCUCUGUUAAAUAUGGAAAUACGGAGUGAUGGGUUUCUUUGAUAACUUCAGAAUAACUUGAAAGAAAUCCACCGUUACUUUUUUGUCA